UUUCAUAGGUCAAGGCGAGAGUCACCGGUGUCUUCCUUUUCGACUCUCGGUUUGAUAGCCUUUACAAGCUAAGGAACAUCGGCUUGAAGUUGAUAACAUAAUCUAGAUCUAGAUCAAUCUUCUAAAUUAAAUUGUUUAUACCGUACUUAUUCUAGUAUUUUUAAUCACAAUGAGCAAAUAUCACAGACCUGAUGCCCAGACAAUCCAGUCUUUGAAGGAUAUUGCCAACAAACUUCGUAUUCAUAGCAUUGAGGCUACCAAUGCGAGUAAUUCAGGUCACCCUUCAUCAUGCUGCUCUGCAGCAGAAGUUAUGUCAGUUCUGUUCUUCAACACUAUGCGGUAUACCAUUAAGGAACCAAGACAUCCUAACAAUGAUCGCUUUGUGCUGUCAAAAGGCCAUGCAGCACCUAUCCUCUAUGCAGCCUGGGCAGAGACUGGCCUUUUCCCUACCAGUGAAUUACUUGAGCUGCGGAAAUUGACAUCUGACCUGGAAGGUCACCCAACACCAAGAUUGAACUUUGUUGAUGUGGCUACGGGGUCGCUAGGUCAAGGACUUAGCUGCGCUGCUGGAAUGGCUUACACAGGAAAAUAUUUUGAUAAGUCAGAUUACCGUGUAUAUUGUCUUAUUGGUGAUGGAGAGAGUGCAGAAGGAUCAAUCUGGGAAGCAUUGGCCUUUAGCAGCCGUUAUCAGUUAGACAAUUUGGUGGCCAUCUUUGACAUUAAUCGUUUAGGGCAGAGUGAAGCCACAAGUCUUGGUCAUGAUGUAGACAUCUAUAAGGCACGAGUGGAGGCAUUCGGCUGGAAUACAUAUGUAGUUGAUGGGCAUGAUGUAGAGGAGCUCUGCAAAGUAUUCUGGGAAGCCAGACAAGUAACAGGAAGACCCACCUGUAUUUUAGCCAAGACAUUUAAAGGCCAAGGCAUCCCUGGAGUAGCAGAUGCAGAGAAUUGGCAUGGCAAGCCAUUGGGAGACAAGGCUAAAGAGGCCAUAGCUGCUAUCAGAGAAAACAUUGCCAACUCAGGUCCCCAUAAUCUGAUUGCACAGCAACCGACCCUUGACCUGUCCCCAGUGAACACCCAUGUUGAGCUCUCGGCUGCUCCAUCUUACAAACUGGGUGAAUCUGUUGCAACAAGACUGGCUUAUGGAACAGCUUUAGUUAAACUUGGCAAAGCUAACAACAGAGUCGUUGCAAUGGAUGGUGAUACUAAAAAUUCCACGUUUGCUCAAAAGUUUAAAGAUGCUUUCCCAGAUCGUUUUAUUGAGUGCUACAUUGCUGAACAAAACUUGGUUGGUGUAGGCAUUGGCUGUGCCACACGUGAUCGUACCAUUCCUUUCAUUAGCACAUUUGCUGCUUUCUUUACUCGUGCUUUUGAUCAAAUUCGUAUGGGGGCUAUCUCUCAGACCAAUGCUAACUUUGUUGGAUCUCAUGCUGGAGUGUCAAUAGGAGAAGACGGCCCCUCUCAAAUGGCCCUUGAAGAUCUGGCCAUGUUUCGCACCAUACCAGGCUCUACAGUGUUCUACCCAACAGAUGCUGUCUCUACAGAGAGGGCUGUGGAGUUGGCAGCCAAUACUAAAGGUGUUUGCUUUAUUAGAACCAGCCGUCCCAAUGUUCCAGUCAUAUACAAAAAUGAUGAACCUUUUGCUGUAGGAAAAGCUAAGGUUGUUCGAUCCAGUCCAUCUGAUCAAGUAACUGUUAUAGGCUCCUGUGUGACUCUGUAUGAAGCUAUUAAAGCAGCAGACACAUUGGCUGAAAGUGGUAUCAACAUUAGAAUUAUUGACCCAUUCACCAUUAAGCCAAUAGAUGCUGAGACCAUCAUUGCUAAUGCCCAGGAAACAAAUGGAAAAAUUAUCACUGUUGAGGAUCAUUAUGCUGAAGGUGGUAUUGGUGAAGCUGUUGCUGGUGCUGUGAGUGGUCAGUCAGGAAUCAUUGUCAAACGUUUGUAUGUGCCAGAGGUCCCCAGAAGUGGCAAGUGUGAGGAGUUAAUGGAAAAAUAUGGCAUCAGUGCAUCUUGCAUUGUAAAAGCAGUCAAUAGCAUUCUCUCUAUUUAAAGAAUCAACAGUAACAAACUAAAGAAACAAUUUUUUAAGAGACUUUUUCUUCUUAUAGUUGAUGAUAAUUUUUGUUUCUUAGCAGAUAUUUUUUUGUUUGUAAAAUAGGGAUAAUAUUUGGUUAUUAUGGUAUAUUAAUUGAGAAUUUUUUGUUAAAUGUCAAAAUAUUUUCUUGAGAGAUAAAUUUCUUCCUCUUCUUUUAGCCAGCAAUUGCAUGCAAAAAAUCAAAACUAUCAAUGUAGUUUUCCAUUGGAAAACAAAUACAGUUGACUCCAAAAUGUAUGUCUCAUUAAAAUGUAUGAUUCUUUAUAUAAAAGCAUGUUGAUAAUGUCUGUUAAACUGGAAACAUUGUACCAUUUCUUCAAUACAUACUUAACUUUUUUUAGUAUUGGUAGUUAAAUAGUAGUUGAACAGCUUAACUCCAGUUCCUUCUACUGACUAUAACAUGCCAACUAAAAGAGAGAGAAUAAAAAUGUAUGCAUAGGAUUUGCUCUUAUUAGCUGUCCUAGUUAAAUCUUUUUUCUAUAAAGAUACUGCAUGAAGUGAUGGAUUUUAAGGUAGAGAGGUUAAGUUUACAAAUUGUCUCCAAGUUAAUAGAAUAUGACAUUGAUAGUGUCUAGAUUUUUAAUCAGUGUUAUCAACUUGUAAUGAAUAUUCUGUUGUGUUAGACUUUGUUUCCUUCACCCAAUAAUCUCAAGUGAUAAUUACUUUUUUUUCGUGCAUCAUGUUAUUUAUUGCUAGCUGAUUAGUUAUUUGUACCAGAUGUUUAUUCUGCAUUUUCUUUAACUAUUUGCUUCAUGAUAUUAUGUCCAUGAGGCAAGCGAAUUAAUUCUUCUGUUAUAAUAAAUUUGUUGAUUAUACACACA